AUGAUAUCACUUAUUCACUUCAAUUUGAAUUUCUUACUGAUUUGUCUAUUGCUGCUCCUAACACCCUGUUUGGGUUUCAAAAAAUUCCUUGGUGGUGGCUACGGUGGUGGUCCGAUUAUAAAUACUGUACCCGUUGGUUAUCCUGUACCAAUUCCAAUACAUGAACAUCAUACAGUUCCUUUGCCAGUACCUGUUGUAGUACAACAGCCUGUACCUGUCUACUCUGGUUGGCCGAGUUAUGGUGGUUGGGAAGGUUAUGGCGGAGGAUUUGAAAAAUAUUCUUCAAUCAGUGCUGGCUUUAGUGGCGGUUAUGGAGGUGGAUUUGGUCACGGUUUAGAAGGUGGAUUUGGACAUGGUUUAGGCGGUGGAUUUGGGGGAUUCGGUGGUAAACAUGGAUUUGGAGGUGGAUUUUUCAAACGCUAA